AUGCGGCAACCGGCGGUACGGCUGCUGCGGCUGAGUCAGGUGCCGUAUGCCGAGCUACUGGCGCUGCAGGAGCGCUGGCUGUGGCGGCUGCAGGCCGAGCCAGGGACCGAGGCGGGCGCGCUCCUGCUCUGCGAGCCCGCGGGGCCCGUGUACACCGCCGGGCUGCGCGGCGGCCUGACGUCCGAGGAGGCGACGCGGCUGCGGGCCUUGGGUGCCGAGGUGCGCGCCAUUGGCCGCGGCGGCCUAGCCACCUUCCACGGCCCGGGCCAGCUGCUCUGCCACCCCGUACUCGACCUGCGACCCCUUGGCCUGCGCCUGCGCGCCCACGUGGCGGCCCUGGAGGCGUGCGCCGUGCGCCUGUGCGAGCUCCAGGGCCUGCCGGGGGCCCGCGCGCGGCCCCCACCCUACACCGGCGUCUGGCUGGGCGAGCGCAAGAUCUGCGCAAUCGGAGUCCGCUGUGGAAGGCACAUUACAUCUCACGGCCUGGCGCUGAACUGUUCUACGGACCUCGCUUGGUUUGAGCACAUUGUGCCCUGUGGGCUGGUUGGGACAGGUGUCACUUCCCUGAGUAAGGAGCUCCAGAGGCAUGUCACUGUGGAUGAAGUAAUACCACGUUUCCUUGAGGCCUUUAAAGAGACCUACAAGUGCACAUUGAUCCCAGAGGACAGCCCCAACUGAAGGGCAUUUAUAUUAUCACAGCCUGGAGGUCCUGCCUUGGAAGGCACCACACCUGACUUGGAAUCACUGAAACCCAGAUUCUAGACCCAGCCCUCUCAUUCCCACACCAUGAGACUAUGGGCAAAUCAUGAGCUCUGAGCCAUUGGUUCCAUAUGUAUCCUGGUUUAUUUAUAUCUUCCCCACCUACCUCAGAUAUAGAUGUGAAAACAUUAUGAGAAGCAUGCUGUAUAAAUAUAAGGCAUUAGCACUA